UACACCAUGUGACUCUGUAUCUUCUGUCCCCUCCCUAACACCAAAUUAUAACUUCUUCACUCUCCACACUUCACUCUCUCUUCCCAUGGCUUCUUCUCUUCCUAUUCUCACCCUUUCCUUCUCCCUCGCCCUCUUCCUAUGCUUCCUCUUCACCCACCACGGUGGCGUCCACGCGCAGAUCGAAGAGUCUGGCCUUAACCUCAUGUCCGACGCGUUGGACUGGCCGACCACAAUGUCACUCUACGAUGAUCUUGACGAAGACGAGGAAGAAGAUGUCGAGAGCGGUUUUAGUCGGAGAUCAUUGUUCUGGCGUCGAAUGAAGUACUACAUCUCCUACGGUGCUCUUUCUGCCAACAGAAUCCCGUGUCCUCCUCGUUCUGGAAGAUCUUACUACACUCACAACUGCUACAAGGCGCGUGGACCCGUCCAUCCCUACUCCAGGGGCUGCUCUGUCAUCACGCGCUGCCGGAGAUGACUUCGGAUCUCAUCACACGCGCCUCAGAUCGCAAAUAAAAACCGCUGUUUAGGAUGCUCUUUGUUUAGUCUAGUAAGCUUGGUUAGUUGUCUAAGCAAGUCAAUUGUUGUCGUGUUUGAGUAACGGUUGGGAUUGGGGUUUUGCAUCAUCUCGUUGCGCUGCGCUAAAGGAUCUGCUUGCAUUGCAUGCUCUUUUUCUAUUGCUUCUUUCUAUUUAUUCGUUUGUAUAAACCCUAAAGUAAUGAGAAUAUUGCAACUCUACACGUGGUGGAA